CGGUGUGGGCCCGGUGUUGUGGCUGUGAGUGUCAGGGCUCGGAGGGGGUGCAGCAGGGCGCAUGCUCUAGGGAGCUCGCAGCAGCCAGCCAAGGCAAACAGCCAGCGCUGGGGGCUCCGUUUAAUAAGGGAGCGAGCGAGUCUAGAGACACAGACCGGGAAGGAAAAGAAGCAGGCAGCGGUGGGGGGAGGGAAAAAAAAAAGGAAAGCGAGAGCGAAACGAGUGUCCGCCAUGGGCUCGCUUCCCCCGUGCGCAUUCGCAGUCUCUUCAUGAAUUAGAGCUCGAAGGGUGGGGGCGGGGGAGAGCAGGAGACACCCCAGGGCCCCCAGGCAUGGCCAGCUCGUGUGCUGUUCAGGUGAAACUGGAGCUUGGGCAUCGAGCCCAGGUGAGGAAGAAACCCACUGUGGAGGGUUUUACCCACGAUUGGAUGGUGUUUGUAAGAGGACCGGAGCAUAGUAACAUUCAGCACUUUGUGGAGAAAGUCGUCUUUCACUUGCAUGACAGCUUCCCUAGGCCAAAAAGAGUGUGCAAAGAUCCACCAUACAAAGUUGAAGAAUCUGGGUAUGCUGGUUUCAUUUUGCCAAUAGAGGUUUACUUCAAGAACAAGGAAGAACCGAAGAAAGUCCGCUUUGACUAUGACCUGUUCCUACAUUUGGAAGGCCACCCACCAGUAAACCAUCUCCGCUGUGAAAAACUUACUUUCAACAACCCCACGGAAGAGUUCAGAAGAAAGCUGCUGAGAGCAGGAGGAAUCAUGGUAAUGUCAGAUGGUACAUCAGCUGCUUCAGGGCAGAGUCUUCAUCUCCCCAACCUUCCUAGUAACUCCCUGUCUUUUUCUGAAGUUAAGAAGAAAUCAUCUCAUGGGCCAAAGGACCCAACUAAGAGUAUAAGCACUAGCAGCAGCAGCAGUAGUAACAGUUUUUCAAAGCCCCACAAAUUAACAAAAGAGCACAAGGAGAAACCUUCUAAAGACUCAAAAGAACAUAAAAGUGCCUUCAAAGAACCUUCCAGGGAACAUAACAAAUCUUCCAAAGAAUCCUCUAAGAAACCCAAAGAAAACAAACCACUAAAGGAUGAAAAAAUAGUUCCUAAGAUGGCCUUCAAGGAACCCAAACCUAUGUCAAAGGAGCCAAAAUCUGAAAAUAACAUCCUUACCAUAACUGGUGGACAGCAGCAAGAAAAGAAGGUCCCUACAAAAAGGCCUCCUGGCAUGGAUUCUGAGGAUCUUGCGGCCAAAAAGAGGAAAAAAAGUGGCUCAGAAACUUUAUUUAAAAGUUUUUCUAGUGCUCCGCCACUGAUACUCACUUGUUCUGCUGCUGACAAAAAACAAGUAAAGGAUAAAUCUCAGUUUAAGAUUGGGAAAGUCAAAAUGGAAAGUGAGACACUGGAAAAGAAGAAGACCACUUUGCCGCCAUUUGAUGACAUUGUGGACCCUAAUGAUUCCGAUAUGGAGGAGAACAUGUCCUCAAAAUCUGAAUCUGAACAGCCUAGUCCUGCCAGUUCAAGCUCCAGCUCCAGCUCAAGUUUUACACCUUCUCAGAACAGUCGACAACAAGAUCACUGCUUAGGAGGGAGCGUUUCAAAAUCUAUAAAGCAGUUACAGCUGUACAACUAUAAAGCGCAGUGUCAGAAGCCAUUGCAUCAGCACUGUCCCAUCAGUUUUGCAGGCAGAUAUGCAGGUCCUCUGAGGUCUAUAAUGAAAGAUCUGCAUUCUGAUGAUAAUGAAGAUGAAUCUGAUGAAGCAGAUGAGAAUGACAACGACUCUGAGAUAGAGAGACCUGUAAAUACUCAUGGAGGAAGCAGGGGACGCAGGGUUAGUUUAAGUGACGGCAGUGACAGUGACAGCAGUUCAGCAUCUUCACCGCUGCGUCAUGAGCCACCACCGUUACUAAAAACCAAUAGCAACCAGAUCCUAGAAGUAAAGAGUCCUGUAAAACAGAGUAAAUCUGAUAAACAGAUAAAGAAUGGCGAUUGUGAUAAGGCAUAUCUUGAUGAAUUAGUUGAGCUCCACAGAAGGUUAAUGACGCUAAGGGAAAGACAUGUACUACAACAGAUUGUAAACCUCAUAGAAGAAACGGGACAUUUUCAUAUCACAAACACAACCUUUGACUUUGACCUUUGUUCACUGGACAAAACUACAGUUAGAAAAUUACAGAGUUACCUGGAAACAUCUGGGGCAUCCUGAGAACACAACUUGUGGCUGCAUCAAAAUACUGUGAUCUUUUUCUUUUUAAAAAAAGAAAUAAAACAUUCAGAGUGAUGCAACCAAAAUGGCAAAAAAAAAAAUCAGCCAACUCUCUUCAGCUUUAUUUUUUGUUAAAGCCAGUCAUCAUCUCUUAAUAAAGGAGAAGAAAAGUGACAAGCCUCAGAGGAUUGAUCUUCUCACCAAGGAAAUGCUCUGGAAGAGUUAGCCUGGAUAGCCUUGAAAAAAAACACUUAAUGAAUGUGUAUGGUAUCAUGUAUCUCUCUCUGUGGUUUUCCAAGCCACAAGACGAAUGCAUGUUCAACACACUGCCUUAUUACAUAACUGAUCUAUUUAUUAUUACAUACGUAUAUUCUAAAAUCCUUGAGGGAAUGACACUACCAGAUGUUACAAGUCCUCGUGUACCGCUUACGAUCCUGUGAUGCAAUGAGCCACCACCGUCACAAGCCUUCUGACCUCUCUCCUUUCAAUGCCACUUUUUUUCUGACUUUUUUACUAUUCACUAAACAAACAAUCAAAAAAACCCCCCAACUGUCUUGUUUCCUACUUCCACAGUCUCCAGAAACAAGAUACAAACAGAGGGAGCAGGCCAAAAGUGGCCCAAUUUUCUUUCUCACUUCUUUUUUUAUAAUUACACUUUUAUGUGCUGCAGCAGAAUGGGUUUCCGGGCUGUAAUCAUGUAUUGAUCAUGGACCAUGGUAGAAAAUGCACCAAAUAGGAUCAUGACUUGCUUUUCUAGCCUUAGUCAAUAAACCAUUAGGAGUUUUUAUUAAAGAGGAAGUGUUACUGUCUGCUAUCCUGAACCCAGCAUUGUGUUUUCCAUCAACAUCUUCGUGUCUGUUUUUUUUUUUUUAAUGUUACAUUAGGUAUCUACAGAAGUGAAGGCAUUCAAGAGGACUGCCAUUAAAACAGGAACACCAGUCCAGGGAUUGUUGUAGAAAACCCUUAAUUUGGAGGCAUUUAUUGCUAAAGCAUUCCGGCACUCAGCUGCCCAGAAUAUGCAGUCCAAUCUUUUGUUACAAAGGGGAGGGGGCAUAUUUUUUCUUUGAUCCUACAGCAUACGGUUUGUUUAGAUUUUGAUUCCAGCUCUUUUCUAUCUGCUAAAUGAAAACUUUCCCCAUUUAAACUGUUGUCAAACAACAGCACAUUGGAAAAUGGCUUCCAGUUUUCAGCACUUGUUUUGUAUCCUACUGUUUCUACAGUAGGGCUGUCACCCAAUAAAUGACAUUAGUCGAUUAAUUUGUUACUUUUAAUCGAUUAAUCAAAUCUACAUAACUGCAUGUGAAUAAACAAUAGUUCUAAAGUCAAAAAAGCCUGCUUUCUUUGUUUUUAGCUGGUGUACACAUCUGUCACCACAAACAGCUCCUUAGAAGAAAUAUUCUCUCUCAUGUGAGAGAAGACAAUGUCUGUUCUAGGGUGACAUCUGCCCUCUGUGAUUUUUUUUAGAUAACUAAAUAUAUUAAACAUGAAUCAAAUGCCACCCCCUUUAUUGACAGCACCUUUUAAUAACUAAAAAGAGUUAAAUUGAUUAAUUUAACCAGUCAACUAAAUUUGACAACCAAAUUUCCAAAGUAUUUCUUUUUCAAUUCAAAUAAGACACAAAUUUUAUUGAAACAAGUUAAAAACCCUUUACAAAGAUAAACGUUUUUUUUCCUAGAUGCUGUUAAUACUUCUGGCCAAAUGAAAGAUGCUUAAGAAAUACUUGGGGCCAGCCUUCAGGCAAAUCUGUGUUGGGGAGACCAGUAUAUUUCCAGUUUGCUUCCUUUCCAUAUAUCCUCUGUGGCUACAGAGUCAAUCUGCAGUAGCAUUUGAGAGUUUAUUUUUAUUCCAUGCACAUGUUUUUGUGCAGUCACAUAAUACCAGGUUCCAACUGGGGGGUGUUUAUUCAUAAUCAAAUGGGAAUUCUUAACACUGUUUCUUUAAGUCCAAAGAAAUGAUUUCCUUUUGUUUGUGUGUGUGUGUGUGUUUGUUUUUAAAUUAAAAUGUUGUUUGACCAUAAUCUAUGGAAAGUCUUUCUCAGGCUUCCAAAAGAACAAGUGUACUUUUCUUCAGUAAUGUUAUGACUCUUAUUGAUGAUUGGCAUGAAACAUACUUGAAGCGUUAUGUUCUUUUUAAGUCCACAUGUUAAUUAAUGUGCAAUUGUUGGGUGGGAGGGGAGGGAGUGGGAGGUUUUUGAAAUCUCUUGACAUCAAGCAUAUGAUGUGAUGUUGAAGCGUGGAGGGGGGAUGUUUGGGUUUUUUACAUUUUUGUCAACAUUUUUAUAUGAAAUGUUUGAAAAUCUAAAGACUAACUUUCACUUUUUUUGAUAGCACACAGUUGACAUGUUCCAUUUCAGUUCAAUGCAAAAUGUGUACUUUUGGGGGUCCAUUUUUGACUUUUCUAACUAAAUUUUGUGGCAAAAACUCUAAAGAGGGUGUUGGAAGGAGCACAGCCCUGCAUAACUUUUGAAUAGAUACUGGAAAAUCAGUUUUGUUUUUUAAUUUUGUGUUUUUAAUAACUGGCAAAAUAAGUCCUUGGAGCUGCAAAAAAUAGUAGCUGAUGUACAGAAUUUGUGGGGGUGGAGGGGUUAACUAUGUAAAGGGAAAAUUACUGCAGUUACAGUAGAUUCUUAACUCUGACUUGCAUGUAGCUCAUCAGUCAUCCUUAUAAAAAUGUUAGUUCUCUAGUUGGAUGAGACUGAGGAUGGAAUAAACACAUUUCAGCUGCAUUUGUGUGUGUUGAAAGUGAAGGGUGUUUUCCACAAAAUUCUGGUAGAAUAAGAGCUGGUAAGUGGUGUCCUUUUUAAAAAAAAAAUAAAAAACCCCUUUAGUUAUUUUGUAUGCUGAAACAAAAUAAAUCAUUUUUCAAUUAA